AUGAAUAGACAAUUCUAGCUGAACUGUCCGUUUAGAUAAACAUAAACAGGACAGUACGAUUUCUUAACAAAGUCUGAGAGUAAUUUUUGUAAGGGGAAAGUGAAACUAAUUUAACAAUCUCCUUCAUUUGCAGAUUAUGUGAAUGCUUUGAAGGAAGGAGGAUAAAAAAAGAAUCAUCGCCAUAACACUGAAACAAUAUAGAAAUGUCGCAUUCUUCCUAAGAUAGACGUAGUUAUGCCGGAUCUCUAGACAAUGAAAUCACAUUUCGUUUUAAGCCUCAAUAAAACCACUACACAUUCUUACCAUUCGUAAAGCUAUAUAUAGCAUUCUACUUCACAUACUCCAAGAUCAAGAAUAGGAAUUCCCGUUUCGAUUACUCGAAGAUCUCUGCCUCCCCAAAAAUAAACAAAACUAUCUACAAUUACUCCAAAGAGUUCUCUAUAUAUCAAAUCUAACUUUGAAGAAGAUGACGGAAUCUUUCUUACUAAAAUUGGUGGUGAGGAAGUCAUUCAGGAAAUAGCUAGAUUAUUUCAUCAGCAUUCUCAAAUUCAUCCCAUUAUUUAGAAAAUCGACGAUCCAGGAAUGUACGAAUCAAAAUUUGGAACAUUUCUUGAGUACAUCAUGGGCAAACCAGUAUUUUUCAACAUUGAAGCCCUAAAAUAAAAACAUAUCCCCUUAAAAAUCGAUCAUGCAUUAUACAAUCAAUUUAAGAGCUACCUAAUUAGUAGUUUUAUUCAAAGUAAUAAGGGACCUCCUGAAUUAAUAUUUGAAUUCAGUGCACUUAUUGAACAAUAUAAAUACUGUAUCAUAACUUCAGAAUAAACCUUUGCUUAGAUUUAUAAUCAACGAACAGAGAAUAAAAAAGAUGAGACACCUUAAAGCAUUGUCCACUUAGCAGAUCUCUCCUAUUAAAAAAUAUUAGAAGAUUAGACUCUCUGUGAAUACUUUGUAGGCAUUUAAAUGGAUGAAUAAGCCAAGAAGUUAGGCAUAAUCUUGCAUUAAAUGAUGGGCUGGAAUUGCGGUGUUGAUUAUGUAUUGAAUUAUUUAAGAAAAUCCCAUCAAAGAAUGAAUUUAACAAAUGUCCAUUUUACUUUGUUCAAGUAACAUUUGGUCGAAGCCAUGAAAGAACUUGGGUUAAAAGAAAGACAAAUAGAAUUGAUAACCAAAAGAAUGGAUGGCUAUCGGAGUUGCAUUGUAAAUCAAGAUUGCCUAUUGGAUUUUUAUUUUUAAUCUCCAACUCUAUUUAAAGUUUAAGUGAAGAAAUACGAGGUCUUUUUAUAAAGAGACCCUCGCUUUCGAAAUUUUCCCAAUGUACCCACUCUAUUAAGACAUGCACAUUUUUUAUUGAAGUUCAUCACUCAUCAACAUCAACCACUUUUAACUAAAAUUGAUCUCACAACUUUGCAUAAGAAUUGCGUUAUUCAAAGUGAGUGGAUGGACGGAUUUAGGGAUAACUUUUUUUUAUUAAUUAAAAAUUAUAAUUUAGAUAGACUGAUUUUGUAGGAUUAUGCUGAUUUAUGGUUUUAAUUAAGGUUCAUAGUUAUGAAUUAGCAAAGCAUAGAGAGUUUUAUUGGAGCUCAAGGGUUGGACCAAGUGCAAUUCAAAGUUUAAUUGAAUCUGCAGGACAAUGAAAUUUAUAGUGAUCACUUCAGAAAUGCUGAAUACUAACUUAAAUCUCAUGUGAAGAAGAUUAUUGGGUUUAUUUUCAGGAAUUCCACAAUUUACAAAUCAAAUGAUUUAAGAGUUAUUCAUAACCCAUUAAAAAUAAGUGAAUAAACUUUUAAUUUGUUUGUAUAAUUAAUCAAAUAAGUUAUGCAAGAGGAAAAAUUGGCACCCAAUUUAAUCCUUUUUGCUGAUCAGAUUUGUUAGUAUUAUAGAAGUAGCAUUUGCAAUUUGUGA